AUGCAGCUUACUCUCGAGCUUCAGAGAAAUUGGGCACAUAGCUUUACACAGUCUCAAGAGGAUAAUCCCACCAAGAGACAUUACCAAGACUUAGGACAUGACAAUGCUUUGACAAUGUUUUUACUGUAUCACAGUCUCAAGAGGAUAAUCCCACCAAGAGACACUACCAAGAAACACCACCAAGAACUAGAACAUGAUAAUGUUUUUACUGUGCUCCCCUAG